UACCUUUUACAGUUUCACACUAAACGGUCUCACUAUUGCUUUCCGACUAAGAAUUUACCAAAAUAAUGCAUUUAAAUAAGUAUAGUGAACUGGUGGAACGACUUGAGAACGAGGAAUUCGAGCAAGUCGAACUAGGAGCUGAAGUCUACCAACAAUUACUGGCGAUUUAUCUGUAUCAAAACAAAUUGGCUGACGCUAAACUGCUAUGGAUGCGUAUUCCGGCGAAAUUAAAGGAGGACAAAGAACUGAUCCAACUGAACCUGCUCAAUCUGGCCCUGCAGAACAAUAACUAUGCUGACUUCUUUAAAAACAUUAAGUACGAGUGGUCCGAGAGGGUAAAGUCGCCCGUGGAUGAUCUGUUGGCAAAACAACGUGAGGAGUUGUUUAAACUGAUGAGCAGCGCCUAUGUUUCGAUCUAUCAGCAUAAUCUCUUGGAAUUGUCCCUGAUGUCAGAGGAUGAGCUAAAAAAAGCAUGUGAAGCCCUAAAUUGGACUGAGGAACUCGACGGUGACAGGGUGAUAUUGAAGCCCAAGGUCCAGGAAGCUCCGGCCAGUCGCGGAAACGAUGACCAGUUGCUCAAAUUAACCGAGUUUGUAACCUUCUUAGAGAAUUAAGCUUUAAUAAAGUUCAGUACAUUAAUUUUA